AUGGGCCAUAUUCAGGAUUUCUCCCAGGAUUCCGCUCUGGAGGAGCAUUGGGGCUAUGUCGCCCGCCAGAUCCCCUGCACCAAGGAUGCCGGCACCUGCGCCUAUCUCGACGCCGUCUACCAUGGCCACGACGUCACCAUGCUGUACAGCUUCAUCCUGUGGGCCGUGAUCGUGGGCAUCUUGUUUCUGUGGGCGAUGGGCGGACGGCUGGUCCGUGUUGAGCGACUGCCCUCACCCCCCAAGGCCACCCCGGAUGCACCCCGCAAGCAGAGCGCACUAUAUCGUCUCUCAAGGACGCUCCAAGCCCUGACGCGCCGCCAUCUGCUCCCGGAAGCCCUCCCCCCGGUGUUCGGCCACACGACGCGGCUGCAGCUGCUCAUCUUCCUCGUGCUCUCGGGCUACCUGUUGGUGUUCACCCUGGUGGGCAUCACCUACAAGACGUGGACGACGCCCAUCAGCGGCAGUACGCAGUCCAACAUCCGCAGCGGGCUGGGCCCGUGGGCGGACCGUGUCGGCGUGCUGGCGUUUGCCCUAACACCACUGUCCAUCCUGCUCUCCAGCCGGGAAUCCCUCCUGUCGCUCAUCACCGGCAUCCCCUACCACCACUUCAACUUCCUGCACCGCUGGCUGGGCUACGUGAUCUACGCCCAGUCGGCCCUGCACACCAUCGGCUGGACCGUGGUGGAGGGCCGUCUGUACCAGCCGCAGCCCAGCCAGUGGAACAGCUUCAUCGCGCAGCCCUACAUCAUCUGGGGGAUCGUGGCGAUGAUCUUGCUCACCUUCUUGGUCUUGCACAGCACGAAGACCGUCAUCCGACUCACGGGGUACGAGUUCUUCCGCAAGGCGCACUACGUCGUGGCGAUGGUGUACGUGGGGGCGUGCUGGGCGCACUGGGCGCAUCUAUACUGCUGGAUGCUGGCCUCGCUGGUCGUCUGGCUAUUGGACCGGGGGGCGCGGCUCGUGCGGACCUUUGUGCUGCACCACUUAGGCUUGCCUUCGACAGCCUCCAGCUGGGGCCUACACAUUCCCCACGCCGCGAUGCAGCUGCACGCCAACCCCACCGACGGUGACAUUAUCCGGCUGGACUUCCACCACAACCACGACCCCUGGCACAUCGGCCAGCACUUUUUCCUGUGCUUCCCCGACCUCAGCCUCUGGCAAGCGCACCCGCUCACCCCCUGCAGUGUGCCCGACACAUUACCAACCGGCCAACAACACACCUACCUGAUCCGCGCCCGAAAGGGGCUGACGCGCGUCCUCGCCGAAAGGGCACGCACACAGACACCCCAAGCCGGGGAAACCAGCACGAUGACAAGUCCCGGGCCGACAACCCCCGUGCUCCUCUGCGGGCCGUACGGACAAUCCAUCGAAGACCCCUCUUCCAUGGGUGGCCUCCCGCGCAGCACAAGCAACCUGCUCUGCAUCGCCGGCGGCACCGGCAUCACCUUCGUCCUCCCCCUGAUCCUCCAGCGCAUCGCCACCCCCAACCCCUCCGACCAACAAAUCGAACUCAUCUGGAUCAUCCGCCGCAGAGCCGACACGGACUGGAUCGCGCCGGAGCUGGACAUCCUGCAACGCGUGGCGCAGACGUCGCCGAAUUCCUUCCGCGUGCGCAUCUUCAUCACCCGGGAUGUUCCGGACGACAAUGCCAGCAGUGACCCCGGCACGGACGAGAAGACACCGUGCUGCGGCUCGACGGUACCGGAUCCAGAUCCACCUUUUGCGGUGCAUUACACUCUCGCAGAUAAGGCUGGUGCAUCGGGAUCGAGCACACAUCCGGACCUCACUGCCCAAGUGACGGAGUUUUUAGAUAAAGUGGUGGACGGUCCGACGCGGGUGUUGGCCAGCGGGCCCGCGGGCAUCAUCACCACGCUGCGCGGGGCGGUGGCAGCGCAUAAUCAGCCAGGGAAAGUGUGGCGUGGAGAAGAGAGGUGGGAUGUCGAGUUGGUGCAUGAUGAUCGGGUCGAGUGGUAGUUUGGGGGGCGGUGUAUAUA